AUGUCCGGUUCCAGCCACGUUCUUGCGCCAUGCUCUGAGAUUUUACUCAAGCUCUAUCGGCUUCCGCAUCGGCGGGCACAAUCUUGCCCACCUCACUUGACCACUUCUCCUCCCCACUCCGCCUUCAAUCAUCUCGCUCUGUCACCGUCGCCGGCCUUCCCGACCACGAUGAAUUCGGCGGACGCGCGCCGCACCUUCGAGCUGGAGAACAACAUGCGCAGCGUUGCCCAAGAGGACGACGCACGCUACUUCUGUGACGUAACCGAGCAGGAGCAGUGGCGCAAAAAGAAGCCUUGGGCACAGGACCCGCACUGGUUCAAGGAGGUCCACAUUUCGGCCAUCGCCUUGAUAAAAAUGGCCAUGCAUGCCCGCUCAGGCGGCACCAUCGAGGUCAUGGGCUCUAUGCAGGGCAAGAUUGCAGAGCACGCCUUCAUUGUCAUGGAUGUCUUCCCGCUCCCAGUCCAGGGGACCGAGACCAGGGUGAAUGCGCUAGAGGAUGGAAAUGUCUUUUUGGUGGAUUAUAGUCUCGAGUGCCGGAAAGUAGGAAGGAGAGAGACUAUCGUGGGGUGGUAUCACUCACAUCCCGGGUACGGCUGCUGGUUGAGCGGGAUUGACGUUCAGACGCAGAAUACCAAUCAGACCCAUUGCGACCCGUUUUUGGCCAUCGUUGUCGAUCCUGUCAGGACGAUUUCAGCAGGGAAGGUUGAUCUUGGCGCCUUUCGCACAUACCCGCCGCAGCACAAGCCGCGCGAUGAGGGGCCGAGUGAGUAUCAAACGAUUCCUAUUAACAAGAUUGAGGACUUUGGCGUGCAUUGCAAGAGCUACUAUCAGCUCGACGUGUCAUAUUUUAAGAGCAGUUUGGAUUCCACCCUGCUCGAUCUGCUCUGGAACAAAUACUGGGCGAGGUCCUUGUCCACAUCCCCGCUGGUGCAGAGCAAAGAUUAUGUCGUGCAGCAGUUGAACGAUUUAGGCAGGAAGAUCAAUCAGGCAGAUCGCCAGCUCGAAAAGGCAAACCCCCAUAGCCGCGGGGGGUACUACAUUUCCGAUAAGAAGGCGGCUUCUGGGAAGAAUGGCGGGCAGUUUGAGCAGAUUUCAAAGGAUGCCCAAAAGUGCUGCAGUGAACAUAUGCAGUCCAUGAUGUCCAUGUACGUCAAGAAUGCAUUGUUCAGGCCGAGCGGUGACGGCAACUAGCUGGCUUUUAUAAAACCCUUGUAUGCUUUUGAGGGGAGCUUCGCUUCCCAUUUUGGAGACCCUCGCUGCACAUUGUACAGUCCGUUGCCCAUGUGCACACUGUGGUAUGUGCAUUCACUUUGUCUUCCCGCGUUAACUGGGAUGAUACGCCAAGUCAGGACAGACGCCAACCAUCUUGCAUCAGCUUUUAGCGCUUCACUCCCGUGAGAUGUCAAAACGGCAGCACUCUUCAGUCUGCGACAAUUUCGUUUUCUUCACAAUCACACUUAUCGGUAACAUACAAGAAACAAACAAUUUCUGUCAUUUGGAUGUGGUCAGAUUUGGUUCGGAUACAGUACGUGGUUGAUGUAUUCGGACAAUGUGAGACGUCACAGUCAAAAGUAACAAGAAGCUUCACCUUGCAUCUGUGGAUGCAUCAAGCAGAAAUUGAUCCCCGUCUAACAUGGCAUGGUUGUCAUACUUGCAGCUCAACUGCGCAUCCAACAAAGACUUGACUCCAGAGACCGCGAAAGGCACCAUCAUAGUUCAAUGAAUAGGAAAUGUGUGCUAGAAUGCACAAGAAUAGGUACGUAAUACAUUGCCUCGUGAUCUUGCCUAUAUUACCCAACUUGUAACCGAAGCGUCAGUCUUUUACUUUUUACACGCCAUAGUUUUGACGUUUCCAUGUCAUUCUCAGCAAAGAGCCGGAGACCCAAUUUCCGUUCCUCCGUGAUGCCAUUCGGCAGGUACUUUUCUGGAUGAGGUCAUUACUCUGAACGGUGUAGAACUUUAGUUCUAUGCCUUCACGCCGGAACGUUUGUCGAAGUUUCUUAAAAUGAAGUUGCUUGCCCACGAGAAGUAAUUCAACA